AUGUGCACUCACUACAUCGUCUACAAGAGCUGCAACAAGCACUACGACACCAAAGUAGUCGAGUGUGCUCCUUUCAAAGCGACGGGAGUCUGCCCCACCGGGCCAAUAAAUAAGACACCAUCUCACAAUGCCGGAGAACCAUGUACAAGUGGCUGUCCAUCAGACUAUACCUCACAUCUCUAA